UGAAAAACGGAUGAUUGCAUUACCCUCUUGUAUUCAUACAAACAAGAUAGUAAAAGUACUUGGACCUUCACUUUAUCUAUCUAUUGCGCUGCGCAAGUGUAUCUACAAUAGAGUUCCCCUUACUGUAGUUGUCGAUAAAAAAAAACUGUUAGUUUAAUUAGUGGGACCGCACCUUAUUAAUCAACGGCCACGAUGCUUGGCGAUGGCGACGAAAAACUGUUGUCUUUGUUUGAUUACAUUUUGUUCGCGCUAACUUUGCUCGGAAGUUUUCUGGUAGGUGCCUACUUUGGGCUGUCCAAGAAUAAGCCUCGCACAACGGAGGAAUAUCUAAUAGGAGGCAAAUCAGUUAACGUGCUACCUAUUGCAAUAUCUCUAGUCGCAUCAGGCAUUUCCGGCAACACAUUUUUGGCGGUACCUGCCGAUAUAUACAAAUUCGGAUCGAAUUAUGUUUGGACACUUCUGGCAGACUGUAUUGGAUUUUUGGCAACAUACUAUAUAUUUCUACCAAUCUAUUUCAACUUGCAGGUUGUUAGUAUAUUUGAGUACUUGGAGCAGAGGUUUGACAAAAAUGUUCGUCGACUUACCUCCGUAUUGAAUUUGUGCGCGACCCUCUGCUAUGCACCCCUAGUUUUGUACUUGCCGUCACUUGCAUUCUCGCAAGUAUCCGGAAUUCCCGUUCACGCAAUAACAGUAGUCACAUGUCUAACGUGCACUCUGUAUACAACAGUUGGUGGAUUCAAGGCAGUCGUAUGGACGGACGCGCUUCAGUUUGUUUUGAUGGUGGGAUCGGUAAUUGCCGUUGUUGGUAUCGGUGCCCAUUCAGUUGGAGGAUUGUGGCAGGCUUUGGCCAUAGCUGUGCGUGGAGAUAGAUGGGAAAUUUUUAAUUUCAGUUUUGACUUAACCUCAAGAAAUCCCCUAUGGGGGCCAAUGGUUGGACACAUAUUCUUCGCUCUGUCCACAUUAACAAUGAACCAGGGCGCGAUUCAAAAAUACAUGGGCCUCAAAAAAUUUCAAGAUGUUAAAAAAUGCAUUUGCUUACAUCUGGUCGGUCACAUUGCACUAAAGUGGAUGACGGUAUUAAUCGGUAACGUAGCAUAUGCCAAAUACGUCGAAUGUGACGUACUGCAGUCACACAAGAUUGCAAAGAUCGACCAGUUAGUGCCGUACUUUGUGCUGGACAUUGCCGGAAGCAUCAAGGGAUUGCCCGGAUUAUUUAUUGCAGGAAUGUUUAGUGCCGCACUCAGUAGCUUAUCGUCCACCUUAAACGCGACGGCCGCCACAAUCUACGAAGACAUCAUCUUACCGUUCAUUUCCAAAAACACCACACAGAGGCAGAACACUAAUAUAAUAAAGGCGAUCGUUGCAGUUUUGGGAAUUUUGACUAUUUUAAUGGCGUUUUUAGUGGAACGGGUUGGGGGAAUUUAUCCGUUCACGUUGUCCUUGCAAGGCAGUUUUGGUGGACCGCUAGUUGGUAUAUUUAUUUUAGGUGUAUUAGUACCCGCUGCCAAUUCGAAGGGGACGUUACUGGGGGGCAUUGCGGGAGUUUUACUUACAGGAUGGAUCGCUUUUGGGAACACGGUGUACAAAAUUCAAGGUUUACUUCCCACUGAAGAAAAGCCAGCGUCGGUGGAAAAAUGCACCCCCUUUGUUAAUCUCACUAUAACACAAGCAAAAGUCGGCAGUAGUGACGAUAUCUUUGUACUGUACACAGUUUCGUUUUGGUACUACUCGGCAGUAAGCACCGCAACUGUGGUCAUUGUGGGGUUGGUCAUUAGCUUAUUAACCAAAAAGGGAAACGUUACAAUUAACAAGAAUCUUUUAAGUCCGAUGGUGCACUUCGCUUUACGAAAAGAACCACCACCAUCAGUGUAUUACAAUGUAAAUACUAAAGGCGACGAUAUUGACGCUAUUCAUGAACUUAACUCAAAAGACUGAAUAAACUAAGCUCGAA